AAACAGCCGUUGCUGAAUUUGAAUUAUUGACAAAGCAUCAUCAUGCCGGCAGGACGUACAUGUUCUGUAAGUAUUGCAUAAUUCGUGUUAAACAAUUCGUAAUUAAUUUUGGUACUCGAUUUGAAAUUAUCGAUUUACUUAAUGGCUUCCGAGAGUGUAUUGGUGUCGCGAGACACGUUAGUCCGAUACAGCAAUCCUGUAGUAGUUUCAAAACAUCCGGAGAAACCUCAGACACCCAUAGCGGCGGUACCCGGCUCUCAUGUUCAACUUCCGUCGACUUCAAAGACCGAACUUUUCGUUCCCACAGUCGAGAAGACGAAGACUACAGAAGAAGUGCUCAACUGUAUCCUACCACCGAGAGAAUGGGAAGAGAACGGUGAACUCUGGAGGCAAACCGUUUCGAGUGAGCCGGCCACGCGGGAGGAUGUGAAGAAGCUCGGGGAACAGCUGGACACUGCGCUGCAGCAGCAGCAGGCGCGCGAGACCGGCAUCUGCCCAGUGCGGCGUCGUUUGUUUGAGCAGUGCUUUGACGAGUUGAUCCGCCAAGUUACUGUGAACUGUUGCGAGCGCGGCUUACUGUUGUUACGAGUCCGUGACGAGAUGAGGAUGACGAUGGCCGCAUACCAGACUCUGUAUGAGAGCAGCAUAGCAUUCGGUAUCCGCAAGGCUCUCCAGUCCGAACAGGGGAAGUCCGACAUGGAGGAAUGUAUCGCAGAGCUGCGUGAUAUCAAGACGGAGUUGGAGAGACAGGUUGCGGAGCUGCGUGCCAAGGCAGAGCAAGUGGAACGACGAGCUACGGAGUUGAGACAGGCCGAGGAGAAGAAACACGCAGAGGAAAUCGAUUUCUUGAAGAAGACCAACCAACAACUUAAGGCACAACUAGAAGGAAUAAUAGCACCCAAGAAAUAAGAAGGUAUUUUCUUAAUAUAAAUAAAAAGAGAUUUGUUAAGUCAAACCUGUUUUCUAAUCUAUGCUUUCUUGUGUGUAUAAUAAAAUAACUUUGCAAUAAAUCUUUUCUUAUAAACAUA